CAGCUCCGUCCUUUGCGUGGAGGUUAUGGCUGAUAACUUUGGGAAGAAGGUGGACAAACUGGGUUUUAAGUGAGAAGAACGAUGCGUAAAUACGUAUUUCCGUGCGUAAUGUCAAGGGGCGAGCAUUUCGACGCGGCUACCGUGACGUGUUCCAAAACGAGAACCCGCUACUAUGUCAAACGCUCAGGUUGAGAUCUGUGGACGCGGAUUCCCACGAUUGUCUGUGGACAUGACCGACGACUGCUUGGCCCGGGUCUCGUCCUUGCUGAGGACACACGCGCUGGGCGCGCGGAGAAAACUCUUACGGCCUGCAGAAAUCAGCAUGGACACGCAUUCUCCUUUAUACAGCGGCAUCCAAGCCCUGUCGUGGUCAGCUGAAAACAUCCUGACCUUAUCCGUCAGAGCAGAGGAUGAGAAAACCGACGACUCUCCGCAGUCGCCGUCUCCGGUUUCCAGCCCCGGCGGCAGCUCCAACACGCCCCCCUGCACAGAACCCGAGCAGGGGUCCAUCACUGGGAAAUGGGACAAGGCAAGAUCCGGGGCUCAGGACGCCAGUUCAGACUCUGACAAUGAACUGGUUCAGACUAAACAGCACAAGACCUUGUCUCGGAUCCAGUGGGCAGAGGAAGAAAAGGAGGAUGUGGAGACCAAAGCUGUGGCAACAUCACCAGAUGGAAGGUACCUCAAAUUCAACACAGAGAUUGGAAGGGGGUCCUUCAAGACUGUGUAUAAAGGACUGGACACGGAGACCACAGUGGAGUGGCAAUGGUGUGAGCUCCAGACCCGGAAGCUGACCAAGGCGGAGCGACAGCGUUUCAGCGAGGAGGUGGAGAUGCUGAAGGGGCUGCAGCACCCCAACAUUGUCCGAUUCCAUGACUCCUGGAAGUCCACAGUGAAGGGCCACAAGUGCAUCAUCUUGGUGACUGAACUCAUGACCUCAGGCACUCUUAAAACGUACUUGAAGAGGUUCAAGGAGAUGAAGCUGAAGCUGUUGCAGCGCUGGAGCCGUCAAAUCCUCAAAGGGCUACACUUCCUGCAUACACGCACCCCUCCUAUCAUCCACCGGGACCUCAAGUGUGACAACAUCUUCAUCACCGGCCCCACUGGAUCUGUCAAGAUAGGAGAUCUGGGGCUGGCCACACUCAAAAGUGCCUCUUUUGCGAAAAGUGUCAUUGGAACACCAGAGUUCAUGGCCCCAGAGAUGUACGAGGAGAAGUAUGACGAAGUGGUGGAUGUGUACGCCUUUGGAAUGUGCAUCCUGGAGAUGGCCACGUCUGAGUACCCAUACUCCGAGUGCCAAAACGCUGCUCAAAUCUACCGCAAAGUCACUAGUGGAAUCAAACCUGACAGCUUUUAUAAAGUCAAAGUCCCGGAGCUGAAGGAGAUCAUUGAGGGAUGCAUUCGUAUGAACAAAGAUGAAAGGUACACCAUCCAGGACCUCUUGGAUCACCCGUUUUUCCAGGAGAACCAUGGCGUCCACGUGGAGCUGGCAGAGGAGGACGACAUGGUGAAGACGGGACUUAAACUUUGGUUGCGCAUGGAUGACACCAAGAAGCUCCACGGGAAGUACAAGGACAACAACGCCAUCGAGUUCCUGUUCGAGCUCUACAAGGACGUUCCUGAGGAAGUGGCCCAGGAGAUGGUCGUGCUUGGUUUUGUGUGCGAGGCCGACUUCAAGCUUGUGGCCAAAUCCAUACGGGACAGAGUGUCAGCCAUCAAGCGGCAAAGGGAGAAGGUCAGGAGGCAGGCGGAGGAGCGGAAGAAGAAACAAAUGCAAGAAGCCAUAGAAGAGGAAGUUGAGCCUGCGCCAUCCUCACCUAAAGCUGGUGAAACUGUGGUCGCAGACUCCCCCAUCCCAGCCCUGACACCACCGGCCCCCAUACUGUCUCCGAUCACCAGCUCUGUGGACUCUGGUGUCAGCACCAACUUCCCUGCAGAACCAGAGGAGCCUGAAGCAGACCAACACUUCCACGUCCGCCACAACAGCCUGUCAUCAGCCAAUUCUGACUGUGAGACAGACGGCUAUCUGAGCUCCUCCGGGCUUCAGGAUCCCCUGGAGCCCGGGAGCUUCAACACGCCGGAGACUCCUCCCACCUCCCACAGUGACACCCCGCCUGCCAAAGGCCUCAGCAUCCCGGCUCUCCGCUUCCCCUCGAGCAUUGCAGUUUCUCCCAGCAUAGAUCACGGCAGCUCAGGGUCCCCGAGUGGCCUGAACUCCCCUGUGGACAGCUACGCCUCCGAUGUGACUUCAGGGUUGAGUGACGGCUAUGAGGGCCUAUCAGAGAAGACUGAGAAAAUGGGCAGGCGAACUGCUGGGAAGGUGUUCAGGAGGAGGACCCGCUCAAGGCUACGCAUCACUGCGCUCUCUGAUAAAGUGGACCGGGUGGUGGAGUGCCAGCUACAAACACACAACUACAAGAUGGUUACCUUCAAGUUCGAUCUGGAUGGAGAUAAUCCCGAAGAUAUUGCUGCAGUCAUGGUGCAUAAUGAGUUCAUCCUGCCUUCAGAGAAGGAGGGUUUCAUCCAACGCAUGGGUGACGUCAUCAAGCGGGCGGAAGCUCUAAUGGCGAAAGAACAGGUUGUCCAUCAGAGCGGGCACAGACUCCCUGAGCCGCCGUUCCACAGUGGACCUAACUCGUUGUCUUCCCCCCAGGUGAACCUGCACACUCACGGCCUGGCACAAACACAUUCUGCUUCUCUUCCAGACUUCAGUGUGGCCAACACUGGUGUCAGGGUCCAAGGCUCUCCCCCGUGUACCAGUGGAGACGUCUUCAGCAAAGACGUGACUUCACCUACGCGACCUUUAUUACGCUCGCAGUCUUUCCACAACACCCCAGCAUCCCCCCUCCAUUAUCAGCACAGUCACCCUGCGUCUCUUCUGCCCCACCAUCAGCACUAUCAUCUACCUUUGAGUGGGCACACUCACUUCCCAUUCCCAUAUCCAGCCUCUCCUGGUUCCCCCAAGCCACUAGUGGCUCAUCUCCCCAUCACACGUGUUUCCAGUAGCCCCACCUUCCCUUCUGUUCACUCACCAGCUCCAGGAUCACCUACUCUACUGCGUGAGACCCCAAGUCCUGUCAGCAAUGAGGGCAUCCCCGUGUCCACACCUGUACAUCAGCACCCCAGUGUAUGGGCCCCCCACACACAGCCCCUGUUUUCUUUAGCUAAUGUCAUUUCCAUGGCAAUGAGUAUGGCCCAGUCUUUUAUCCCCCAGGCGAGCCUCCCCACACAGGGAAUUGCAUCUUUUCCAGGGUUCCACCCUCAGCUACCACCACACAUGGUCCCACAAGCAGGGUACCCUUCCAUUUAUUCACCAGCCUACCAGACCCCAUCAGUAGAGGUCUCCUACACUACACCGGGCGCCCAAGGCUCAAACGUCUACCACAGCAAUGAACGUACACCUCAGAAGGAUGGACUGGGGUUUGUUCAGAAUACACAUCCAGGGUGGCUUCAUCCCCCCUCUCUUACGCCUUCCUCCCCACCUUGGGGUCCUCUGGAACAGAUUGGACUCUCCAGUGCCCCCAACCUGACACAAGAGGAGAAUCUUCACAGUUGCAUGGCUCCAUUCGUACCUCAGCCUCCAACUCAGGCAAAGCCCCAAUCAGAAUGCGCCAAUUCCAGUUCUCUGUCAAAUCUGUCUCCAUCACCCUCAGUGGGUCCAGAAAGCACUUUAUCAUCUAUCAAUAUUCGACGACAGCACGUGGUACCUGAGCUUUGCAUCCAUGAGCCUGAACUAAAACUAUCUUCUCCAGACUCUGACAUCCAGUCUGCACCGGUGACUGUUGGGAGAUUUCAAGUGACGCCCAGUACAGACGUCACUGCUGGUGGGGGGCCACAGGUAGCAGACAGUAGCAGCACCUCUUCAGAGAGCAGUACUGAGGAGCAGGGGGAGUCUGAGACCAGCAUGGGCACCUCCCUCACCAUGUCGCCUCCUCACCCACAUCCUCACAAAGGGGCAGCAGGGAUGCUUCAGGAACCGGACAUUCAGGUAGGAUGGCCAGUCAGUCAAGAGGAGCAGCAGCAGAACAGGGAAGAGCAGGAGGAGGAGGAAGAAGCAGAGAAUGAAGAAGCUGGGGGCCGUCCUGGAGAAUGGCAGAGAGUAAAGAGGAAGAGUCGGAGGAGGGCGUGCAGCCUCAGCCUGAUGGGAACAUCGGCGGACAGCGGACUCUCGGUGACAGCAGCGGAGAUGGAGAGGAGGCUGUGGGACGGAUCCGCGGGCAGCCCGCUGUAUGGGAACGCCCUGCAUCAGUUAUGGACGAUGAACUACAACCGAAAGACUCUGUACCUAAGCAGCGACGACUCAGACAGCGAGGACGAGGAAAUGCUGGAAGAACUUCAGGAACUGAGAGAGAAACACCUUGCAGAGGUCCAGGCCCUGCAGGCUGCCCAGAAAAAAGAAAUUGAAGAGCUCUACAAAAAGCUGGGAAAAGCUCCGCCUCCAGGCAUAGUCUCUCCAGCCGCCAUGUUGUCCAGUCGUCAGCACCGCCUGUCCAAAGGCAGUGGGUUCCCCAGUUCCCGCAAGGACGGCCUCCAGCAGCACAUCGACAUGUUGCCACUCCAAGGGAUCAUUCGGAGAAACUCCCUUGGAGGCAGCAGCAGCAGCUCCCAGGACAAACAGAAUAAAGGAGUCACAUUUUCCACCAACAUUAGUAGAAUGUAAUAAACUCAACCAAGCAAGCUGUGCAUCCGGAC